UAACAAUGCAUCUAUGAUCUGACAACAGAAAAAAUGGGGCGCCAAGUCAAAGCGGGUAUGGGAUCCAUCUCCAUUGCUGCACUUGCUUGCAUACUUUUCCUUUGUUGCUCAUAUCAAUUCAAUGCCGCCCAUGGGUCAGAACCCGAAAUGAGUUCGACCCGUGUUGUGUUUCAGACAAACUAUGGGGAUAUUGAAUUUGGUUUUUAUCCUAGCGUCGCACCGAGAACAGUUGAGCACAUCUUCAAACUUGUGCGCCUGGGAGGCUACAAUACUAAUCACUUCUUCCGGGUAGAUAAGGGGUUUGUUGCUCAGGUGGCGGAUGUUGCUGGAGGAAGAACGGCGCCUAUGAAUGAAGAACAGCGGGUCGAAGCUGAAAAGACUGUUAAGGGAGAAUUCAGUGACGUCAAACAUGUAAGAGGAAUUCUUUCUAUGGGAAGACAUUCUGAUCCCGAUAGUGCUUCAUCAUCAUUCUCAAUGCUUCUUGGAGAUGCACCUCACCUCGAUGGCCAAUAUGCAGUAUUUGGAAAAGUUACUAAAGGGGAUGAAACAUUGAGAAAGCUUGAGCAGCUACCUACUCGACGUGAAGGGAUCUUUGUAAUGCCAACGGAGCGCAUCACAAUCCUGUCAACAUACUACUAUGAUACGGAGAUGGAAUCUUGCGAGCAAGAGAGGUCCUUGUUGAAAAGAAGACUUGCUGCAUCUGCUGUUGAAAUUGAAAGACAGAGAAUGAAAUGCUUUCCUUAACAUAGCGGAUGAAGAGAGGUUCAGUUUGCUCCAUACAGCAUGAAGCCAAAUACGCUAGUGUUACGAAGAAGGUAUGUCUUGCCGGCUUGAUUUAAUUACACCUGGGAGAGAGACUAGUCAAUCAACGGUCAUGAUUGAAUCCAUUGAAUCUGGUUCAUAAUCUGGAAUAAUUUUCAUGCAGUUCUUCCAGGGGAAUGGGUAGCAUCUACCAUGCCACAUGUGGUGAUGUGGAAUGUACACCUUAAUGUCUGUUUUCUUUCUCGUUUCUUUGUUGUACACUACCGAACAAUUUCAAUUAAUACACCUGAUUGAGCACUCUGUCUGAA